CUCAAGAUGGCGGCACCCUCUAGCACCCUGAGCGAUUUGGAGAGCAGCAGCAGCAGCGACGCGGAGGAGCUGGCACGGUGCCGCGAGGCGGCGAUGCCGGCCUGGGGCCUGGCGCAGCGCCAGGGAGGGCCGGAGAAGCCAAGAGCAGAUGCCAGAAAUAAUCAGCGGCCAGCCACCCAGCCGAGCCUCAGGCAUAAAGUGGAUGAACAUGAACAAGAUGGCAAUGAACUUCAGACCACCCCCGAAUUCCGAGCUCACGUAGCCAAGAAACUGGGAGCCCUGCUGGACAGCUCAAUUACCAUCUCAGAAGUUGUGAAGGAGCCGGCAAAGGCCGAGGUACAGAAAGUCCCUGCAGAGGAUGAUGGCUUCCGCCUCUUCUUCACUUCCGUCCCUGGAGGCUCCGAGAAGAAAGCUGCUCCCCAGCCUGGCCGAAAGCGAUUACCUUCGGGCUCCAGCAGUGAGGACAGCGAGGAGGAGUGGCAGCGGUGCCGGGAGGCAGCGGUGUCGGCCUCCGACAUCCUCCAGCAGUCUGCCAUCCACGGCCCUAUCAGAGUGGACGGAGAGGCAAAGAAGAAGAAAAAGAAGUUGAGAAAGAAAGCCAAGAAGGAGACCAGCACUGACUUGGUCGCCGCCACCACCACCACAAGCGGGACCGCAGUUGGGAAGCCGGAAAAGCAGUCACCCCAGCUCAAUGGAGACCACGCAUCACUUGGGACCAAAAAGAAGAGAAGGAAGAAAAAAGCCAGGAAGGCCAAUGAGGCUUCCCCAUUCCCACCAACAAAGAGUGCAGUGGCCAUGCCUGCCAAUUGAUCCCUGCCCACGGGCACAAGGCUCAGCUAGUCCUGAGGACAAGGUGCCUGCCAGGGACAAGGCAUUUCCAAGCCCCGCCUCCCUCUCCAAGUUCAAGGACUUGGCUGGCAAGUCCAUACUUGGCCCAUGAUUGGGGCUUGCCCACGGGUCAGGACAAAACGGCUGUAGGAUGAGAAGACUAAUCAAGGCCUGCCCAUCUGGGCUCCCACUGGGGGCUGGGGCAGAUCUGUGGUACCAGCACAUUCCAUGGCCUCAGGAAAAAGGAGCCAUCCAGUUAUUCAAGACUAUUGAUCAAGUGGUAAAGCUUCUGUCUUCCCAGGACUGAGGAGAGCGAGUGAAGGGAGAGCUUUUCCUCCCCUCCACCUUCUCAACCUGGUGUGGGAGACAACCUUAAGAAAUUGAGGGAAGGAAUUGGCCCAGAAGGAGUUUUGUACUUCUGUCUCCAGGCUGCACAGACUUGAUGUAACCUUGUCUGAAAAAGGAGAGAGAUUUUAUCCCCCCCGGGUUUCCAGAAUUUUUUUUCUCCACAUUUGUGAAUAUACCAUGCACGAUCAUGUCUCUGAGCCAACCAGAUUAUUGAAAAUAAAUUGUCGAGAG